UGGGGGGGGGAAAGUUCCCAAACUGCAGCCUAAAAGGUGGGUGUCAAGGUGCUGCCGCGCUUCGCCGAGCACGUGCUCGCGGCCGAGUGGAGCAGCGGAGCGCCGAGCGAGCGCGAGACACACGCGACACGCGCGAGACACCCGCGAGACAGACACCCGCGACCAGAAGAGUCAGUCGGUUCACUCAGAAUUACGGAGCGGCGGGUGAAGCUCGCGGGCGAAGCAAACUCGCGACGAUGCCGGGCGUGCGCGCGCUCUGCCUCAGCCUCUGCGUGGUCUCCUGCGCCCUGAACGCGCCACAGAGGCGCGCGCGCGCGGAACACGUCGACGUGCUCGUCCUCCUGCCCCGAAACGCCUCGUACAUUUUCUCCGUGGCGGCGGUGCGGCCGGCCAUCGAGUUGGCGCAGCGCAGCAUCGCGUCCGAGCGGCGGCUGCGCUUCGCGGUGCGCUACGAGGACUCGGGCUGCGGGGACCGCGCCCUCUUCAGCCUGGUGGACCGCGGUUUCGCCCAGAAACCCGACCUGAUCCUCGGGCCCGUGUGCGAGUACGCGGCGUCCGACGUGGUGAGGGUGGCCUCGCACUGGGACGUCCCGGUGGUGUCCGCGGGGGCCCUGGCCACGGGCUUCGCGCGCAGGGACAGGGGCUACACGCACCUGACCAGGAUCGGACCUUCCUACCUGAAGAUGGCCAGGAGCAUCUCUGCGCUCUUCCGCCACUUCGGCUGGCAGAGCGCGCUGCUGCUCUACGAGGACGACCGCGAGGAGCGCAACUGCUACUUCACGGUGGAGGCGGUGCACAGCGCGCUGGAGGCCGAGCAGCUCAGCACCGAGGCGCUCAGCUUGUACCCCCGGGAGCGCGCGGCGGACGGCGAGGACAUCGCCAGGCUCAUCGAGGGCAACGAAGUUGUUAUUAUGUGUGCUGGGGGUGACAUUGUUCGGGACAUCAUGUUGACAGCCCACCACUGGAAACUCACUAAUGGAAAUUACAUCUACUUCAACAUCGAGCUCUUUAAUGCAUCUUCUUAUGGCAAUGGAUCCUGGAAGAGAGGAGACCAGUAUGACACAGAGGCCAAGCAGGCCUACGCAGCUCUCAAUAUACUCACUCUACUGCGGUCUGUCAAACCAGAAUUUCAGAACUUCUCUUUAGAGGUGAAGAGAUCUAUCCGAAAAGCAGGCGUUCCCGAUCAUGACAGUGGAGACAAUGUGAAUAUGUUUGUGGAGGGGUUCCACGAUGCGCUGCUUCUGUACAGCUUGGCCCUUCAAGAUGCGGUCAAGAAUGGCUUUGGAAAAAACAACGGAAGCCAGAUCACGCAGUUGAUGUGGAACAGAACCUUCGAAGGCAUUGCGGGCCAGGUGUCUAUAGAUGCCAACGGUGAUAGAAAUGGGGAUUUCUCUGUUAUGGCCAUGACUGAUUUUGAGGCAGGCUCUUACAAGGCAGUUUUUAACUACUAUGGAAUUAAUGGAAGUUUCCAGGUGCUACCGGGAUUCAACAGCGACAGAUUUACCUUGAGAGAAAGGCAUCGGCCAGUGUCUGCGGAAAAAUCAUGUGGACUGGGAAUGUCUACAGCCAUGGGUAUCGUAGUUGGAGCAGUUCUGGGAACCGUGCUGGUAUUGGCAUUGUAUUUCUUCAGAAAAUAUAAGAUUAUUGUUGAGCGGCGAUGUCAGCAAGAAGACUACAGCAUGGGCAAGCAUCAUCAGCUGAGAGAAGAUUCUAUUAGGUCUGAUUUUCUCUAGCAUAGUAAUGCAGAAUUGUGUUAUGGAAAAAAAUAAGAUGUUGCAUGAGAUUCUAAAUAUGUAAAAUGCAACUUUAAAAAUGCUAUUUUCAAAACAUCUGUCAUAGACUCAGGAAAACAAUAUAAUUGUGUUACAUGCUGGCAUAAAGUUAUCCAAAAUGCAGCAUAAAUGUUACUGUAAACUAAAUAUUAUACAUUUUACUGAGAGUUCUUAAUUAUGAUUCACUGAGGCUUUUACAUUUCAUAUCUCAAAAUGAUGUCUUCAAAAUACUGCAGAUGUGCCGUAGUGCAUGACAGAAAUAUACACAUCAAAUAAAUAAAGCAAAUAAUGAUGUGGUUUCAAAGACGGUAAAUGUAAUAUUUUUACUUUCGUGUAUAUAUUUGGCUAAUUCCUUGGCUGUAUUCAACAUUAUUGAAAGAUGUUUCUUACUGUUAAAAACAAGUAUUCUUAAACAAGUAUUGGAGCAUGUUCAGAGUGUUUUAUUUUUAAUGAAAAGUACAAGUCCUUGUAGUCUCCACUGUCAUAAUACCACAUGGCUCUGUAAGGCUUAAUUUUUUUUCUGGUGCACAAGCAUACAGUUUAACCAUUUUAGCUGCACAGAUAUCUCAGCCAGAACACUUGUUAAUAAAUGCACCACCACAGUGCAGUCAUAUUUUACGUUUUGAAUUAUUUAUAUUAAUAAAAGCUGCUUGAAGCAUUAUACUGAAAAUUCUCUCUCGGCUUUUUAUUGUAGUACAACCGGUAGAUAAAUUACG